AUGAUCAAGGCACAAGAAGAGGAGUUUGUGUCAGAGGAGGGAGAGGAGCAGGCCACUGAGGGAGAGGAGCAGGUCAAAGAGGGAGAGGAGCAGGCCACUGAGGGAGAGGAGCAGGCCAAAGAGGGAGAGGAGCAGGCCAAAGAGGGAGAGAAGCAGGCCAAAGAGGGAGAGGAGCAGGCCACUGAGGGAGAGGAGCAGGCCAAGGAGGGAGAGGAGCAGGUCAAGGAGGGAGAGGAGCAGGUCAAGGAGGGAGAGGAGCAGGUCGAGGAGGGAGAGGAGCAGGUCAAAGAGGGAGAGGAGCAGGUCAAAGAGGGAGAGGAGCAGGUCAAAGAGGGAGAGGAGCAGACCACUGAGGGAGGGGAGCAGGCCACUGAGGGAGAGGAGCAGGCCACUGAGGAAGAGGAGCAGGUCUAG